CUCUGUACUGCCUAUGAAUCAGUGGCUGAUGCUAUAGCGAGGGGCAUAGUUUACACGUAAACGUCCCCACUUCCUAAGUCUCUAGCUUUAACGUUGGUGCUACUUCCAGCUGGCAAGUUUGUCUAAGGUAUCACCGAGGGAAGAGCUUGGAUCUAUUUAUGGAGGACGUUGCUAACUGAAAUAGGUUGCCGCUUGAGAAAGUUUUUACGUCGGCUUUAAAGAAACAUAUUCCGCCCCACCGUCGUCUAGCUGGUUUACACGAGAAAUCUAAAAUGGUUUUGCUGAAAAACAUCUCUCCUCCAAGCGAAGGCGUCAGGCUUGAACAGGGCGAAACCACUGCGGUGCUGGAUGGCAAAGGUCUUGGAUCAGGGACGCUCUACGUAGCGGAAACCCGCUUAUCGUGGUUUGAUGGUUCUGGAAUGGGCUUUUCUGUGGAAUACCCGUCAAUCAGUCUCCACGCCAUCUCACGUGAUGCCAGCGCCUACCCGCAGGAGCACCUGUAUGUGAUGGUCAACGUCAAGCUGGACGAGGACUCUAAAAUGGAGGACAAAACUGAGAAGGAGGAUGAGGAGGAAGAUGAGAGCAGUGACGAUGAUGAUGAUGACGACACUUCAGGCCCGGUUACAGAGAUCCGCUUUGUACCCAGAGAUAAAGCAGCUUUGGAGCCCAUGUUCUCUGCCAUGUGUGACUGCCAGGCGCUACACCCAGACCCGGAAGACUCUGACUCCGAUUUUGAGGGGGAUGAGUACGACGUGGAGGAGGCUGAACAAGGCCAGGGGGUGUUGCCCACUUUCUGCACCUAUGAGGAGGGCCUGUCUCACCUGACGCUGGAGGGCCAGGCCACACUGGAGCGACUAGAGGGCAUGCUAGCCGAAUCAAUGAAAGGUCAAUCCCACAUGGCAGGGGUCAGGACUGAGGACAACUGUGUAGGACCAGAUGAUGGGAUAGCAGUGGACUCGUGUGUUGCAGCCGAAGCUGGGCAGUUUGAAGAUGCAGAUGUGGAUCACUGAUGGCAGAGAGCAUUUCCUGUAUGCAGUUGACUGAAGCACUUGAUGGGGACAGACUAGUGGGAGUUGAAUAACAUUGUUUGAUCUGCCUCCCCCAGCAAUGCACUAAAGAUGUUAAUUUCUUGUAGAUUGAAUCAAACAUUCACCAGCUAAUUGUGCCUGUAGGCAAAGGUGUGCCAAUGGCCCUAUGUUUCACUGCCUUUAAUGAAGUAAUAAUAUUAUAUU